UUUAAAAGUACAUCUUUAGGACAUUUUUUUCAUUUACAGUUUUACUUUGUGUAGCUGUGCUGUUGCAAGCGGCGUAUUGUGAACGUGUUGUGAUGUGGAUCUCAAUUACCGCCACGGGUUGGCGAUGAGUUUUCUGAAAUUACGCUGACAUUGUUGGCUAACCUGGCUAGCUGUUAGCAUCGCUCUCCUGUCAACGAACGCGACUGUAGCCGUUUGUCUUGCUAACGAUGCUAACAGAUGUUAGCAUUAGCCUGUAGCUUUACCUUACGCUCCAGGUGUCAAUAGACUGAUGAGAAUUGGUGAUAUUGCAUUUUCGGGAAUUUUUGAGUCGCCAUUUAAGCAGCUGUCCGGUGAAUUUAACUGAAGAUGUUUGAAUAUGUGAUUAAGCUAUCUGGUUGUUUAUGAAAGUGGCAGCGGAUGACAUUUGGAAACGUUUUCAUACCUGAGCUAGCACGUCUAGGCAGCUCAUCAUCCUCAGUACCAUCACCAUCAUCUGGACUUGUCGGUGGAUGGGAUUUCGAGUUCAAUCGCACUCUAAUUGACCUGAUUUCUUUGAUUGAUAUUUAAACAGAGGCUGGACACGCGACUAGCUCCCUGGCAAGUGGCACUUUUCCUUUGAGCACGGAGGGGUCUGAGUGAAGGCUGAAAGAUGGUCUGAUGGACGGCCGUUUCUUCCUGACCUUCCUCCUCUGCUCAGUGUCCUGGAUCUUCUUCUGGGAGGUUCGCUGGAAGAAAGGAAAAGAGAGUCAGAUUGAGGAAUGGCUCCAAGGACAUAGCCUCUCUCAAUACAGGCACUUAUUUGAAGAUGUACAGACACUGGAGGAACUGAGUCUGAGUGUACUGAGUCGCCUGGAAGAGGUGGUGAAGGAACAGGAGCGCUGGAGGGAAAUUGCAGAGGCCCACAUCCAGCUGCUCCGAGACUUUGCCUUCCAGGAGUGGCUUUGCUCCCAACACCUGGAGCACUAUUACACUACACUGAAGACCUUGGGUUGCAUGAAUCUGGAUGAUCUGUCUCAGUUUGACAGUCAACUGCAGCUGUCUCUAGCUGCCUGGGGCUACUACUACGAAGACUACAUAAAGUUAUCCACAGGCAUCAAGAUCCUCCAGACCUCCAGGGGGACUCGAGACCAGGACUACGAGAUCCGACUGGUGCAAAGCCUUGCUGAGAGACGUCUGAAUGAGAAGUGGUCAAUUGCGGGAGCUCUCAUAUUUGGCUGUACUGUGGCGCUGUGCUUCUUGAUAAGGGACCUCAUGUUUUACGUGAUUGGUGGAAUUACUGUUUCCAUCAUAGCGUUUGUCUUUACCAUCAAGUUCCUCUGUGAGCUUGCAGCAAGGGUUGUCAGCUUCCUGCAGAAUGAGGAUCCAGGGCGACGCGGUGACCGCAGCAUCUAUGACUAUGUCCGGGGCAACUACCUGGACCCACGUUCCUGCAAAGUGUCAUGGGACUGGAAGGAACCACAGGAAGUGGGGCAGACUAUGAGCUUCAGAGUCCAGCUGUUCUAUAAGAAUGGCCAGCCUUUCCCGGCCCAUCGACCUGUGGGACUGAGGGUCAACAUCACCCACAUCGAAUUAGCUCUGGACAUCCCCGUUACACAGGAGGUUCUGCAAGAACCAGAGUCCAAUGUAGUGAAAGUGGCCUUCACAGUGCGCAAGGCCGGACGCUACGAGGUUGCUGUCAAGCUGGGCGGCCUCAAUGUGGCCUACAGCCCUUAUUACAAGAUAUUCCAGCCAGGUACAGUUGUCCCAUCUAAAACAAAGAUAGCCUACCAUUUCUCCACCCUGGUGCUAAUAAAUGGCCAGCAGCACACUUUGCAGAUUGAGCCCAGGGACGAGUAUGGAAACCCCACCAGUAACUCCACAUCUCUCACAGACGAAGCCAACUACAGCGUCCAUGUGCACUCUCUGGGCACAGUGGAUGACGACAGUCUGGAGAAGUACUACAGUAAGUCAGUUUCACUCAACAAGCAGCAGUGCCAGGUUCUGCUGAGACUUACCCUGAAGAAGACAGGCUGUUUCAGGGUCCGCAUCUCCUACAAGGACCAGCCGCUCAGCAACGGGGAAUUUGACAUUAUUGUUCUCAGUGAGAAUGAGAAGGCCUGCGUUGAGAAGAAUGUGUCCACUCCAGGCAUAAGUAUCUACUUUGAGGCAUACCUUUACAGCAGUGGGAACUACAGCAGUUCCUCGUGGCAGUUACCAGCCUCCUCUUUGCUGGCUCCCCAGCGGAGGCCUUCUAUGGGAGAAGAGGAGGAUGAACAUGACUCUCCUGUGGAGGGACAGCCUGAGAAGGUCAAGAAACCAAAAAAGGUUUACUGUUACAUAUCGCCAAAGCAACUAUCCGUGAAGGAGUUCUACCUGAAAAUAAUUCCGUGGCGCCUUUUCACCUUUCGAGUAUGUCCAGGAACGAAGUUUACCUAUUACGGUCCUGAUCCGAUUCACAAGUACCUAACCCUAGUGGUGGAUGAUGGGAUACAGCCUCCUGUGGAGCUCAGCUGCAAAGACAGGAACAUCAUGGCUGCCACUUUCAUUCGCUUCCUUCACAAGAACAUUGGUGGCUCUGAAACGUUCCAAGACAAGGUUAACUUCUUUCAACGUGAACUCAGACAUAUCCACUCCAAGAGACCUCGCACCAAGACCUGCCUAAAAAUCACUCGCCACUCCAUUCUAGAUUCAUCCCUGAAGGCCACAAGGAACUUCUCGGUGUCAGACUGGAGUAAGAACUUUGAGGUCGUGUUUCAGGAUGAGGAAGCUCUGGACUGGGGAGGGCCUCGCAGGGAGUGGUUUGAGCUGAUUUGCAAGACCCUCUUUGACACCUCCAACCAGCUGUUCACCCGCUUCAGCGACAACAACCAGGGCCUUGUGCACCCAAAUGCUGACCGGCCGCCCCACCUGCGUCUAAAGAUGUAUGAGUUUGCGGGUCGCAUCGUAGGGAAGUGCCUGUAUGAGUCUGCCCUGGGUGGAGCCUACAAACAGCUGGUCCGAGCUCGCUUUACACGAUCCUUCUUGGCGCAGAUAAUUGGCCUUAGGAUGAACUACAAGUACUUUGAGACCGAUGACCAGGAGUUCUACAAAACUAAAGUCUGCUUCAUCCUAAACAAUGACGUGAGUGAAAUGGACCUGGUGUUUGCCGAGGAGAAGUACAGCAAGUCAGGACAGCUGGAGAAGGUGGUGGAGCUGAUAUCAGGGGGAGCUCAGAUCGCUGUUACCAAUGAAAACAAGAUGCAUUAUCUCAACCUUCUGGCCCAGUACAGACUGGCCAGCCAGGUGAGAGAUGAGGUGGAACACUUCCUGAAAGGCUUGAAUGAACUGGUUCCAGAGAACCUGCUAGCCAUUUUUGAUGAGAAUGAGUUGGAGCUUUUGAUGUGUGGCACCGGUGAUAUAAAUGUGCAGGACUUCAAAGCCCACGCUGUGAUUGUUGGAGGAUCGUGGCACUUCAGGGAGAAAGUGAUGAAGUGGUUCUGGGCCGUGGUGUCCAGCUUCACCCAGGAGGAGCUGGCUCGUCUGCUGCAGUUCACCACCGGCUCCUCUCAGCUUCCCCCUGGGGGAUUCAACACUCUUUGCCCCUCCUUCCAGAUCAUCGCCGCCCCCACACACAGCACCUUGCCCACUGCACACACCUGUUUUAACCAGCUGUGCCUCCCUACCUACGAUUCCUACGAGGAGCUGCACAAGAUGCUGAAGCUGGCCAUCAGUGAGGGCAGUGAAGGCUUCGGUAUGCUCUGACUCCUCCAUCACUGGCACUGUGGUUCCACUCGUACAAGCGAAGACAAGCACUGCCCACUCGAGUGCACCAGUUCCCUGCAUUCAUCUGCAUUCAACAGUUGGACUUCUUGGCAGAGAAUCACCCAGACUCCCUUUAAAUACUCUCUCAGGAUGAGAGCACGUUACAGGAAGUCGCAGAAGGAUGAACUGGAAUCAGGACUCCAUCAUAUGAACUCUAGUGCUACUGUAUGUAUAAUUAAAUAUCUCAUUUUUGUAAAAAAAACAAAACAAAACAAAAAAAAAAAACGGGGAAGCCACGGACUGCUGGAAAAGGUGAGAUUUGGGCUAGUUUUAUUUCUUAAAGCUGAAAGUUUGCUAAGUUUUAUAUGUUUGAGAGACAAAUGAUGCUAGAGCAAAGGCCUCGAGUAUUACUGUAUAAUUGCUACUUUGGCAAUUUGCAAACUGAGGAACACUUAAGUGCAACAACAGCCUACAUGUGAUGUGGAUGAUGCGUGCAUCUACAGCACUUUGGCCUUAAUCGAUCAGGGACUGAUGUUUGUAUGUAAAUAUCUAAUAUCACUCUUUUAUUUCAAUACUUGUACAUACUAGUGUGUAUACAUACCUUUUCAUCUUGUUUCUUUUUUUGAUUUGAUGAUUGAGGAGAGGGGAUUUCUUUAUAGUUACACAUUUUGAUGGGUUGAGAGUUUAUAUAAUUUCUAUAAGCUUUUUUUCUGUUAGAGAUGAAUGGGUUUUAAAUGAAGCCAAGUAAUUUCUAUUGUUUAUACAUGUUUUUAACUUAUUGUGUCUUGAAAAAAUAUUUGUGUUGACCCAUUCUGUUGAAACUAUGUUUGUCUGGAGCAGGAAAUGUUUUUGUUAUGUUUUAUAACCUGCCUUAUUCAUGCCCUUUGCCUCUGAUUGUAUCCAGAGAGGUGCGUAGGUAAGGGAAGCAUAGUCGUCAAUAAUAGGCAAUAGUUAUUAUGACAUUUCUACUACAUUUCUCCCCCUCACAGGGUUUACUGUGGGUGUGUGUGUUUAUUGGAUGUUGGGGAGAGCCCAUAUAUAACAAAUGUUUUGUUAUAUAUGCUGUAUGCUUUUUAUUUUCUCUUUCACAGCCUUUUAUGGGUUUACCUCAGAAUCUCCUAUGCCACCUAUGCAUCCUCUGACACAGGUGUUUAUGUGUUCAAGCACAUGUAUGGCAAAACAUACACAUACAGUUUGUUCAUAGUUGCCUCCUUCCAACCCCUGACUGUACAACCUUUAGCCAUAUUAUCCCAUAUCCUCAGUAAACUAAAGCAUUAUAUCUUUGUGGAAUAUGCCCUGUUUGUUUUUCAUUAUACUAUUGUAAAACUAUUUAUUUUUAAUGCUGUUAGUGUUGUCUGUAUCCUGAGCCAACAGAAUUGUUUUCUUGUUUUUUUUUUUUCUGUUCAUAACUGUGUAGCAGUUCCUUUGCAGUUCCAGAGUUUACAUGUUCAUUAGCUAUUUUGUAAUCGUGUGUGCUGCCAGUCAGAAUGUUUCCAGAGCAUUUAGGGAAAUUAAUGUUUAAGCUCAGAAGCAAAAACAAAAUGUUGAUGAAUAAUUCUUUUCGGUAGGACUUUGAUUUGAAUACGUUCAUGUUCCCCACAGAGCACCUCUGAAUGCGGCUCCUUUCCUCACAUUAUUGUCACAGUCGGCAGGAAAAAUUUGACUCGGCUACUAAGAGAUUUAACUUGUUGAAUGGCCAAGACGUCACAUUUUGACUGCAGGUGUUGCUGCAGGCUGGGAUGGAUUAUUUGCAUUGACUCAGAAGAGCCAAUGCAGUGGGAUUUGAUGAGCAUUUGCUUGUGCUUUAGCUGACCCUUGACGGUGUCAAGAGGUUUGUCAGAAGGUUUGUGGAUUUGUGUAUGUUUGGGUUGUGCAAUGUUGACCUGAUGUGCUGAGAAGGACAGUGAAAAUGUUAUAAGUGCUUCUGAAAAUGUUUCAUUAAGGGUGUUUUUUCAGCACCAAUACCAGUGGCUGAUAUAUUUAUCUGAAGUAAAGGUAGUUUAAGGAUUACAUGUGUUAGUUGACGUUCCACUAGAUGACAUGACCAUUAUAAACAAAUAGGAAGGAGGUCUGUCCUGUAGUUUUAUGUUCUUGUUUAAUGUUUUGCUUUUCAUGAGCAUCUACUACUUUGUUUUAUGUUUGGGUGGUUUCUGGCCUAGUUUGUCUGAGUGUGACUUUUAGCAUUGUAGAUAUUGUGAAAUAUUUGCCUAUGACUUUGAAGCUGGGGUACUUUUUUCCUUUUUUUAAUGGCAAGCCUCUGCUGAUGAAUGUUUGAGAUUCUCUGCACCGCAGGUCCUUUGUUUAUGGGAAUAAAAAAAUGAUGGAAUAA